ACCAUUGCUGCAACCACAAAGAAACCGUGUAUUCCACUCUAGACUCUUCAAUCCACCGGAAAUACAAUUCCUUCAGAUUAUCCUUGAAUUCAAAGAACCUGAUUGCUGGCUCCAUUGCAGGUAACGGCCGAAUCAUGGGUUCUGAUUUGCUGCCUCAGACAAAGCCAUUACCGGUUCCAACCCAAGAAGAAGAUCCUCCGAACCAAUCCACGGCUCUUCUCUCAUUUAACACAGACUCCUCUUCUGAUGACUCAUCCAUGAAAGACUAUCCCGGCGGUAGACCUGCCAAGGUUGUCUUCAUCUCUCUCGUAGUCCUGACUUGCAUUGCCUUCUCUGCUGCCUUCGCCUUUGCUUUUCUCUUCUUUUCCUCAUCUUCCACCUCGCCUUCCUCUGUUUCUUCUUCUUCUUCUCCUUCUCCUUCUCCUUCUCCGGUCGUUACACACGAGGUGGCUCUUCCUCUCAAGAAAUUGGAACGGCCGGUUGUUCUGUUGAUCUCCUCUGAUGGGUUUCGAUUUGGUUACCAAUUUAAGACCCCGACGCCGAAUAUCCACCGCCUGAUUGCUAACGGGACUGAGGCGGAGAUGGGUUUGAUUCCGGUUUUCCCUAGCCUUACUUUCCCCAAUCACUACUCAAUUGCUACUGGCCUUUAUCCUGCUUAUCAUGGUAUCAUCAAUAACCACUUUGUGGAUCCUCACACUGGUGAGACUUUCAGCAUGGGAAGUCACGAGCCGAAGUGGUGGUUGGGUGAGCCCCUCUGGGAGACCGUGGCCAAUCAUGGGUUGAAGGCUGCUACAUAUUUUUGGCCAGGAAGUGAGGUAAAGAAAGGUUCUUGGACUUGCCCUGAAAAGCUUUGUAAGUUUUAUAAUGGUUCUGUUCCUUUUGAGGAGAGAGUUGAUACGGUUUUAAGCUAUUUUGAUCUGCCUAGUAGUGAGAUACCUGUGUUUAUGACUCUGUAUUUCGAGGAUCCUGAUCAUCAGGGUCACCAGGUUGGACCUGAUGAUCCGGAAAUAACAGAGGCAGUUGCAAGAAUUGAUGGGAUGAUUGGGAGGUUGAUUGAUGGUCUAGAGAAGAGAGGGGUUUUUGAGGAUGUUAGUAUAAUUAUGGUUGGUGAUCAUGGGAUGGUCGGUACAUGUGAUAAAAAGUUGAUUUUUCUGGAUGAUUUGGCUCCUUGGAUUGGAAUUUCAAAGGAUUGGGUUCAGUCCUACAGCCCAUUGCUAGCCAUCCGGCCACCUCCUGGUUAUGCUCCAUCUGAUGUUGUUGCAAAGAUGAGAGAAGGAUUGGAGUCUGGGAAAGUUGACAAUGGAAAGAAUUUGAAGGUUUUUCUCAAGGAGGAGCUGCCUAGUCGGUUACACUAUGUAGCAAGUGACCGGAUUUCACCAAUAAUAGGGCUGAUUGAAGAGGGGUUUAAGGUGGAGCAGAAGAGGUCGAAGCGACAGGAGUGUGGAGGAGCACAUGGAUAUGAUAAUGCAAUUUUCUCCAUGAGGACCAUUUUUAUUGGGCAUGGUCCUCAAUUCCCCAGGGGGCAGAAGGUACCAUCCUUUGAGAACGUUCAGAUAUACAACUUGGUUACUUCAAUCCUCAAGAUACAAGGAGCUCCCAACAAUGGGUCUGCAUCAUUUCCUACGUCCAUUCUUUUGCCUAGCCAGUAAUAGUUACUUUGUAAGAAUGUUCCAAGGUGGUCUUAGCUGCAGGAUGGCACAGCACUAUAAUGUUGGGCAGCCCACAGGUUGAAGGUAUUGGAGAGACAUGAUUAUCUUGUUGCCUUCACAUGGCUGUGAAUGAAUGAAGACAGUGCAGAAGGUAAUCCUAUCUGAGAUCUUAGAAUCCCUUGAGAUUGUUGAGUCAUUCAUAGUUUUAGUAUAUAUUCCUCAUUCAAAUGCUACAUUUAUGAUGAAUAUACAGCUCUGGUCUACUGACUUGAUGUUGUACAAUCCUUUUAUUAUCCUUCUCCUUGUAGAACAAAAACACCAUAUGCAGAAGUGGAUAUUAUUCUUAGAUUGUCCCUUUACAUUUCCUACGCUUUCUUCUAGCUUAGACAACCAAUAGAUUGCUCUUUUAAUUUGGUAUCAGAUUGUUGCGUAAUUGCAUUUGCUUUUGAAUCUUGGACAUCUUUGUAAUUUAGUUGCAAAUUGACCUUCCUAAGUUCCUGGUAUUCUUGAAGUCUA